AUGCAGUCUCAGCCUCCUCCCUCACAGCCUAUUCGGGGCAAUCGGCGCUCGACCGCUGGUGUCAAAUCUCGGAUCUGUGUGCAUUGUGGCCGCAGUUUCCGCCGCACCGAGCAUUUGGAGCGCCAUGUUCGCACCCAUACGAAAGAGAAACCGUAUAUUUGCUUUUGUGGGGCUGCCUUCACUCGCCGGGAUCUGUUGAAGCGACACACCAACAUCGCUCAUCCAGGCAAUGGCUUGGUGUCGCCCAAUUCGCAGCCAGACACCGAAAGUGUAGAACCUCAACAAUCUCUCCCGCCGCCGUCCAAGCCCGCGUCAGCCCCCCCAGCUCCUCCUCCAGCUUCAGUACCACAAACUGCCGCCGCGCCGCCGCCAGGGUUUAUCGUCCCGCCGCCGACAUCGCGGCCGGACGCACCGCUCUCCGUCCCGCCGACUGUGGAACAAUGGACCGGACCACCGCCGCCACCUCGGGAGUCAUAUAUACCCCAGGAUCGAGCUCCGGUGAUCGAGCCUGGGAAUAAUGCUUCCGGUCUACCGACGCAUAGCGGUGCAGUCGGUCAUGACGCCGAGGUUCUCGAGGCGGCCCAGCUUCUGCUUCCUGGGAAUUACCGACAUACUCCAGCUCCGGCCCAACCCAUCCAAUACCUGCCGGAAGAGUUGAAUCACUUUCAAGAUUUUACCCAGUUCCUCGACUCCAUUGGGUUGCCAUCGGAAUGGGUUCCUGCCUUUGGAGAUGUGCCUCAGAUACACAAUCCAGUGCCGGCCACUACCAUCCUCGACAUUGACAGAAACCAUGCUGCUCAACAAGAUGCACCUCGUCGGAGUAUACCCGAGAGGUCUUCCCGGGCGGAUUCGCCUUUUCGAUCAUGGCUUCCAUCCGUGCCUCCCGAAGACCAGAGUCUUGGCUCGGUUCAUGAUUAUGAGCCCCCGCAAAACUCCAAGAGCAGUUCCUCACUGAAGGUGACAGAGGAGCAGCGACUACGAUUGGCUGCGGCCUUGGAGGAGUUUCGUUAUCUGAUACCAGAUUUCGUCUUGCCGUCGCGUCACACGCUAAGCAGAUACUUGACCUCGUUCUUUGACGGCUUCCACACGCAUCUACCUUUUAUGCAUGCCCCCACGUUCCGGAUACAUGACCAUGCGCCGGAGCUCGUGCUGGCGUUCAUGACUCUAGGCGCCCAGUACCGUUUCGAACACCGCAAUGCGGAGCGGCUUUUCCAUGCCGCCAAGGAGAUUGUUCUCUGCAAACUGUCAAAAGAGUCUCAUCACGUUAUGCCAUAUAAUACGGUUAUUCAAAUACCUUUGAACAACAUUCGCGAGCCGACACUGCCGAGCCAGGCCUCCAAUCUCUCGCCUGCCGACUUCGCUGCGGGCAUGAGUGCCUGGAGGCAACUCGAAAACAUCCGCACUCUGCUAGCCUUGAUGGGAUACUCAACCUGGGAAAAGGCAGAGCUGGUUCAAGAGGCAUUCGGUCUGCAGAAUCUGCUUGUCCGAUGUCUUCGGGAGUUCGGGCUGGCGGAGAACAUCAUCGCUGCCCCAAGGCACUCCCCUCUGCAAUGGCACGAAUGGGCUGAGGAGGAGUCCAUUCGCCGCACUCGAUUCAUCUCCUUCUGCUUCGUUCAUAUUCACAGCAUAGCAUAUAACAUCUACCCGGUGUUGCGCAGCAGUGAAGUCCACUUGCGCCUUCCGUGCUCCACCAAAGAAUGGAACGCAGCCACAGCGCACGAAUGGGAAGCGGCGCAGAAGGAAGUUGGCUCUCAACAAUUGUUCUUCCAGGAUGCACUCGCACUGCUGCUGCAACCAUCUCGACACCCCGUGCCGCUCGAGCCGAUCCCGGCGCCACUGGGCAAUUAUAUCCUUCUUCAUGGUCUGCUUCAGCGCAUACAUCUCGUGAGCGAGCUGUCUAUACCAAACGGGGAUCAUUCAUUUUCUCUCCCAACAGAGGAGUUGAACAAACUUGAGAGAGCUCUAAGAACCUGGACAUCAGUCUGGCAACAAGCCCCAGAAUCGAGCCUCGACCCUCACAACGAGAAUGGCCCCAUCCCCUUUACCUCAAGCUCGUUUCUAGGACUAGCGUACGUUCGUCUGUCACUGAACCUCGGGUCUUACCGUCAACUUGAAACUCGCGACCCAUAUCGGAUCGCCGCCGCGCUGCAUCGGUCGCCUCGCCCUAGUCGAAGCUACCAGUUGAUCCCGGCGCUUAUUUAUGCAGCACACGCUCUAAGUGUUCCAGUGCGAUUGGGCAUUGAUCACGUGGCCCGCAGUCAAGCCUUCUUCUGGAGUGUCCGACAUUCCAUUGCCAGCCUUGAAUGUGCUGUGCUACUUAGUAAAUGGCUGCUGUCGCUAGCAGAGACUGGUGGUACCCAAGCUUUGAGUGGUAAUGAAAGCCGUAUACUGCAUUGGACACGCUGCAUUGUGAAAGAGGCUUAUGAUUCUCUGGAUCUUGACAAAGAGGAGACUUAUCCCGGUUCUGACCCUACCAGCCUUGGAUUGGCGGUGAUCCAGCUUUGGGCUCGUCUGUUUCGAAAGAAUACGCAGUGGCCUUUUAUCAAUGUGAUGGGCGAGAGCUUGGAAAGAUAUUUGGACCUGAUUCGACCGGAAUGA